CGACCUUGCGCCAAGUCACGCUUCGCAUCCCCUUGGCGCUGUUCCCCCCCCCGAGAGACACCCUUCACUUCCGACUUCCUUUUCACCUGGUCUCUAUGCUGUCUUCAUCGUGAUCCGUGUCUUUCAAAGAGAAAUAAAAAAAUUCGUCAUAAAAAUUACGUUUGUGUCUCGUAAAAGGAAGAAAGUGAUAAAAGUGGAAAGCGAUCUACGUAUUAUCUACUUUUGGAGUAAAUCUAGCAAUUUGUCGUGGAUGGAUAAUUAUGACGACGACGAAAUAUCAUUGGAUGCUGUUAAUAUCGUUGUGGCUGAUAUUAGGAUGCAUUCUAGAAUCCCAACAACUUGUCAUCAAGAGCAUCAAUGUUCCCUCCGCUAUAAAGGUCGGCGACGUCAAUCACGUGAUCCUCGACUGCGACUACGCUCUGGAGAACACCUCGAGCCAAGGGUUAGUGGUCAAGUGGUUCUUCAACGUCGACCAAGUGGUCUACCAAUGGAUUCACGGCAGGAAUCCCUUAGCUGAUGAGCCAGCCGCGAAAUACAUCGAUCUGACAUAUAAGGCAAGCGAUGAUCCUUUCACCGAGUAUCGAGCCAUGAAGCUGGAUAAGCCGGGAAUCGAUCUAACGGGCGAUUACACGUGCGUGAUAUCGACAUUUGAGGACGAGAAGGCGGCAAACGCUUCCAUGGUAAUUUACUCAACGGAGGAAAAGUUUGAUUUUGGGCACCAAAGAAAGAGUAUAGAUGACAAAGACGGGUUGGAAGCAACAUGCAAAGCCGAAGGAGUUUAUCCUCAGCCAAUUCUCGAUAUUUCAGUCAAGGAUAUUCCAGACAAACAAACUUUAAAACCCACGGUGACACUUCGUGAAGAUGGAUUGUAUAAUAUCUUAUCACGAGUAGAUUUGCUAGACGAGGAACUACCAGAAGCUGCAGAACUUAGAUGUACUCUCGACAUCCCGAGAGCAAACUACAGUGUGUCCCGAAAAACCAUAUAUUAUUCCAGAACGGCUACUACUACUUCAUCUAUUACAACGAUACCGGAGCAUAAAAUGGAUAUCCAGGACAGCUCAAAGUCCAGUAAUGGUGGUGGCUUCGUCGACUGUGCAUCAAUCAAUGUUGUCCUCUUACCAAUACUUCUGGCUAUUCUUAUUCUGUUACAUUAAUAAUGCAGUCGACAGGUAAGUUUGAAUCGACAUUGGACUCGAUUGGUAUGUACAUACCUCGAUGACUUUCGGAAAUCAACGAUUCCAAAUUAUGCUUUAUCUCCGCGCGCGUGAUUUUAUAAUAUAUAAUAAUCUAGUCAUAAUUUUGAAAAAUAUGAAUUAUAUCUGUUACAAAAUGUCUUCUUUCCAUAGUUUUUCAAAAUUUUUUACACACACCAAAUAUGUAAAAUAUAGACGUAACUUAUGUACUUAUUUACAAAUGUAUAAACUUAAAAUAUGAAUGUUUUUAGCUUUCUAAAAUUUUUCAAAAAGUGUGAUUGUAAAGCUAACGUAAAAAAUAGAACAGGGAUUGAAUUUAAAAAAAAA